GAACACCACACCGUUUGUUAGGGAAACUCUUUAAUACUAAAUUGUCCAAGAUAUUAUUUUAUCCACAAAACGUAAAACGUUUAUAUGAGAUAAUUGUUUCUAUAGUAAUAUUAAUGUGUAACACUAACUAGGUUCAUUUUUGUAAAGCGUUUGUUCUUCUUUAUGUAAACGAGUAUCACAAUAAACCCCCUAUUUUACUGUAAAAAUGGUCCGACUUAUGCGUCAUUGCAGGAGGCGGAACGGAGGCAAAAUUAAAGCUUGGAGUUGUUAUUGGUAAUGUUAAAUGUUUGUUUUUCAGUUAAUUACCCCCGUUAAUAAAUAAUUACAACUUUUAAGUUGUGUUGUACUUUUUGAAAAAGUUACUACGAACCGCUUCGUACGAUAUACAAAGUGUCGUUUGGGAACUCUAUAGGGAGAAGCACAAGAAUGUCCCAAACAACUCUUCUGGGGGAGAUAACCCAGUGGAAUGAAGACAUGUGCCGGAGAGAACUGAAAUCUGUCCUGCCUAAGCUUGUCUCCAUGUAUCAGCAUGCUGAUAGUAGGAGCGAACACAUUCGGGUGUUGAAAAUUCUUACAGAAAUGUUUCUUCCUCACCUAAACCUCGCUGAACUAGAGGAGGAGUGUUUUUCAAAGUUAUUACCAAAGGUUGUGAAUAUGUUUAAUGAUUUGAUGGAUGAGUUAUCUAACCAAGCAGGGGGGUUAUCCAGUCAAAACACAGAACUGCGUGCAGUGCUGAGAAACAUUUUACAGACCAUGGUACAGGUUCUGGAGGCCUUGUCUGGCUGUGUUCGUCAUGUCUGUUCAUUUGAACAGACCCUGGUCCUGGAGAGCAUUCGUUCCUUACCAUCCUCUGUUCUGCACAUAUUGAAGAACACUUUUCUGCACUGCAAGAUGAGUGAGUCUGCUUAUAGUGGACGUUUGUCGAUGGUGGCAGAUCUGUUGCAGGCUCUAUUCAAAGAAGCUUAUUCCCUUCAGAAAGUGCUCAUGGAACUGCUGGACAGAAUAUCACUGGAGCCAGCAGCAGCAGAAGAGGUGGUCGACAUGGUGACAGUGAUUCACAGUCUCCUGGAUAUAUGCUCAGUGAUUUCCAAUAUGGACCAUGCAUUACAUGCUAAUACAUGGAAAUUUAUUAUCAAACAGAGUAUCAAACACCAGUCCCUGCUUGAAGAACAGCUGCGACACAAGGACAUUGUUUUCAGUUUGUGUGACGACAUGCUUCUCACUUUUCAGUCUUGCAUGCAGCUAGCAGAACAGAUGAAUCAGUCUGGAACACAGCAAGUCACGCAAAGUGCAGAAUGCAAAUUGUUCCAGAAAACAGGGAAGUUGUGUCGAUUCUUUGCCCACUCAUUAGUACACUAUGUCAAGGAAUUUAAAUCCUUUGUGGCCCAAUCCUGUGGUCGGUUGCAUCUGCUGUAUCUCCAGAUUUACAGCAAGUUUCCCCCCAGUGUGUAUGCCUCAAAGUUAUCUGACACACACAGCGGUGAGAUAAACGCUGUUAUUCUAGUGGCUCUGGACCCACUUAUCACCCAGCUACUUUCCUUGAGACCUUUUGUGGAAGAAGUUUUGACUGACAAGCAGCACUCUUCUGCUGAGCUGUUUCUCCCACAGUGCCUGUUGCUAGUCACCAUCAUGGAUAAGCUUCCUACUCAGCCAGAGGAGGUGCUGGGGCUCUGGUGUCAGGGCAGUCAGUUUCCCGAGGAGACUCCAAGGCUGUCCCUUUUCCAGGCCAUGUUCCUCAGUUUCCAGCAGUGUUACACUGAGCUGGCUCUUCCCAUUCAAUUGCCAGGGGUGAUGAUGAACGGUCAGGCGCAGAGCAAAGUCACACUGUAUCACCAUGUCUGUGUCCAUCUCUGCGCCUUCAUUGCAUCAGUGCCGCGGGAAUGCUUUCCUCCGUUGGAGCGCUCUCUACUGGCUGCUCUGCUUUGUCCCGACACAGAAACUGCUCUUCUUUCUGCAGAUGCAUGGUGCUUUCUUGCUCGCUAUGGGUCGGCAGAACUGUGUAAGCAUCACAUGAUCAUCAUAGCUCAGCUGAUCAAGUCCUGUCCUGGAGAAUGUUACCAGCUGUCAAACCUUUCCUUGCUGUUGAGACGAAUGAUGUUUCUGAUGACUAUACAACACCAGGUUGAAUUUGUAGAAAGAUUCUCUCCAAAGGAGGUAGAAAAUGUACAACUUUGGCAGCACGUUCCUCUAAAAGCGCUGACCCCAGACUUGAGGAAGCAAGUUGUAGAUGACAUCAUGAGGUCGGCAGGAGCAGUCUGCAGUAGAUGGCUGGAAGGCAGAUGUAUGCUGGUAGAACUUGAGCAAGUGAACACGGCCCUCUCUGCCAUGCUGUGUGUGUGCAGAGAGUCUUGUGGAGUUGUUGAGGAAAAGACCCUGGCGUUUGUGAUGGGGCUAAUCAGCCAGCUUUGGACUUGCAUGUCUGUCAAGCAGGUGCAGAGUCAGCGUUGUGUUCAGUGCACACUGCAACUGCUGCUGUCCCUCUCUGCAAUAUUUGUGCAGAAUCUAGACCCUCAAGCUAUCUAUGAGGUUGUCACAUUUUUAAGCUCUCUUCAGCCUUUGAAUUCUGUGGACCACAUUUUUUUGGCUGCACUGGACUUCCUGGCAUCUUUAGGAAAAUUCUGUUUCCCACAAGAAGUACAGGGCCAGGUACUGCCAAAACUGUCGAGCCUUUUUGCCUCCUUACUGGCAGAAAGAUCCUGGCUUCUUCACCAGCAUGCCCUAGAGGCCUUUACACAUUUUGCUGAGGAAACAAGCCAUGAAGAAGUGGUCCCAAAGAGUUUGUCAUCAGAAGAAAUAAAAAACAAUGUUGUAAAUUUUCUAAAUAAGAAAAUCGUUGCAGUAGAAAACGAGGACACUCGAGUGGAGCGGUUAAAAUCAGAAAGGUCGGUUCUACAAAGGCUAUGUGCAGGACUGGAACCGGUGUCAAAGGAGGAAACUGAAGAUCUGCAGCCCUACCGGAAGCGAGCUCGACAGGAGACCCCUGAAGAAGAAGUGUUUGAGAAGGUGCUGCAUACAGCAGAACAUGCUUUGAAAACGCUGCAGGCAUUACUUCAGCAGACUCCAGCCCCAAACUGGAUGGCAGCCAGAUUACAGGGGCUUGUGACACACAUACACAGUUUAAACAGCUGCAAACUGCAAGGAUUGUAGUGAACCUUGCACAGAAAAUAAGACAAUUAAGUGUUCCCACAUUGAGAUUAAUCUUAUACAUUCAUCCAAUUUUUUUUUUUUUAUAUGCAACUACAGUUGUGUUUACAAUAGUUUUGUUGAACAGUGGUUCAAAAUGUGUAUAUAUGUAUGCACACACACAUUUACAGUAACCACCUGACUGCUUAUUUAUAUGCAUUUGUUUUUAGAUUUUGCAAUAAAUUCACGUAUCUCUUGUUUAA